CCCGCCUUCGCUUUUCUUGCCUUCCUCCAGGUGCUCUGGCGUGGGCUUAAAUCCACACUACCCAGCCGAGCAGUUCCAGGAAGCCUCUGCUGGUGGCCGGCCACGCAGGCCCUGGGCCACAACAGCGCCAUGAGGCUUCUGCUCUCUGCCUUCCUCCUCCUGCUGCCAGGGACGCUCCCGCCCGCGGCCUCCCGCAGCCCAGGGGUCGCCAGAAGCCAUGGGAGCCAACCCCAGGCUCCCGGGAGGUGGCUCUGGGAAGGUGGCCAAGAGUGUGAAUGCAGAGAUUGGCUCCUGAAAGCCCCGAAGAGAAACCCCAGAGCUGUGCUGGGGCCACCGAGGAAGCAGUGUCCCUGUGACCAUGUCAAGGGCAGUGAGAGAACGAGCAGACACCAAAAGCACCGCAGGAAGCCACAAAGGCCCUCCAGAACCUGCCAACAGUUUCUCAAACGAUGUCAGCUAGCAAGUUUUGCCCUGCCCUUAUAGCUCUGAGAGGCUGAGUCCCAGCUAAACGCUCCCAGUGAGAAGAUGAUCAACCCUAGAGCCUUCUUACCCUCCGCGCCCCGUCCUCACCAGAAGCCUCCCGAUGCUCUCGGAAGGCUGUGCCCACACCGAGCUCAUCACUGUGCCUGCACUUCCAUCUUCUCAUUCUUUCCUUACGCCUCUGCUUCACCCUAAAAGAAUCUAGGAAACCUCCGCCUC